UUUCUCUCCACCUGUGGAGCACGUCAUGUGGCGGCUUGCGUUUGCUGUGGAUGUUUGGAGUCGGUUUAUCGCUGAACUCUGGAAUCUUAAAGCGCUUCGAUGAUGGAAGCAGUGUCACUCGACUGCGCAAAGGACGCAGAUCGCUUCCACGGUCCACGGAAUAUCUUGCGUUUGUGAUCUGCCAUCUGCCGUCCCUUGUGAUCUGUAAUCUGCUAUCCCUUGGAAUAUUUUACAGGAAGGAAGUUCUUGUCUGGUGGACUCGGUGCUGGAAGUAGGAGGGAGGGUGUCGCAGGAGGCUAGUGCAGGGAACGUACCUGCCUGUGUGUGAAAGUGACUGACAUUUAGCAGUUUUACUUUUGCUUUUAUCCGAAACGACGCAGACUUGAAUCUGACCGAGCGAUUGUCUGGUGGCAACACUGCCACUGCUCCACCUCCACCCACCUGCGUGUGUGUGUGUGCAUCUGUGUAUGUGUGUUUGUGUGUGUGUGUGUACGUGUACGUGUGUGUGUCUGUAGGUGAACAGGGCUAGCCCUGAGUCUAUCUGAGUGUCCACCUUAAGCCAUGCCGUCCCUCCCUGGACUCAACAGCCUGGGCAAACUGUGCGGCUCUAACCGGAGCCAGGAGGUGGAGCACAGCCAUGUGAGGCGCCGCAGCUCGGUCAAGCGCAUGUCCAUCAUCGAGGACGGACAUGUGGCUGAGGUGCUCUACCUCAUUCCCAAGCAGUCCAUGAUGCAGCAGCUGCCCUUCCUCAACCCUGACGAGUACUACCUGAGUGAGAGACUCACCGAUGUCGUGCCAGUGGCCCAUACCAAGGAGACACACCACCACCCGACGGAGAAGCCUUUGAUCCAGUGCUACAAGUGUGGAGAGCUAUGCAAGGGAGAGGUGCUGCGGGUGCAGAACAGGCACUUCCACAUCAAGUGCUUCACCUGUAAAGUGUGUGGCUGUGACCUGGCCCAGGGCGGCUUCUUUGUGAAGAAUGGAGACUACCUGUGCACUCUGGACUACCAGCGUAUCCAUGGCACCCGCUGCAACAGCUGUGGCGACUUUGUGGAGGGAGAGGUGGUCACAGCGCUGGGGAAGACAUACCACCCCAGCUGCUUUGUCUGCACCAUCUGCAAACGACCGUUUCCAGCGGGGGACAGAGUCACCUUCAAUGGCAAGGACUGCCUGUGUCAGAACUGCAUCCAGCCCAUGUCGCCUGGGCCCAAGGACUUCACAGGAUCCAGUGGUUGUGCUGGGUGUGGCAGAGACAUUAAGAAUGGCCAGGCUCUCUUGGCAUUGGACAGCCAAUGGCACCUGGGCUGCUUCAAAUGCAAGGCCUGUGGCAAAGUGCUCACAGGAGAGUACAUCAGCAAAGAUGGCGCCCCCUACUGUGAAAAAGAUUAUCAGCUCCAAUUUGGCGUUCGCUGUGAAGCAUGUCAGCAGUUCAUCACGGGAAAGGUGUUAGAGGCAGGAGAUAAGCAUUACCACCCCAGCUGUGCCCGAUGCAGUCGGUGCAACCAGAUGUUCACCGAGGGAGAGGAGAUGUACCUGCAAGGAUCUACAGUCUGGCACCCCAGCUGUAAGAACUCCACACGCACAGAAGAGAGGCACAGGCCGACACGCUCCUCGUCUGAGAGUAUCUGUUCCCGACCUGCUUCAAGCCUACCGGGCUCACCGGGUCACACCAUCUAUGCAAAAGUAGACAAUGAAAUCCUUGAUUACAGGGACCUAGCAGCCAUUCCUAAAGUCAAAGCCAUUUAUGACAUUGAGCGUCCAGACCUGAUAACCUAUGAACCCAGUUAUACCACCAAUCUGGAAGAGAGUCAGGAGGGCCAGGAGAGUGUGGGAGAGCUGCACACCUCCAGACGAGAGCGCUCCCCCAUGCCCGAUGACCGAUCAUCCAGGACAAUGUCACCCACGCCAUCUGCUGAGGGUUAUUAUGACCUAAGGGAACGCAUCAUCCAGAGAUCCACCAGUCAGGGCUCAAUCGGUUCGCCUGUCUUCAAUCGCCAUAGUUACACACCAACAUUGUCACGGUCGCCACAGCAUUUUCAUCGGCCUGGCACUGAGCCCUCCAGCGGCCGGAGCUCCCCGCUCUCUUCCCAUUGGUCAGACAGCCGUCCCACCACCCCGCCUCUCUCCCUGACCCCUAAACAUUUCCACCUGCCAGAUCAGGGCAUUAACAUAUACCGGAAACCGCCCAUCUACAAGCAACACGAUUCAGCCAUCUUUGUGGCCCAAAGCAAGUCUGCUGAUGACAUCAUCAGAUGGGCCAAGUUCCCCUCCGCCUUCGCUCCGGCCCAGGAAGAACCAGCAAAGAUAGACACAGACCACACAGACCACAAAGACCCCACUGACCGCUGGUCAUGCCCAGCUGCCCACGCUGUCGUAGGUUCAGAAGGCAGGCGGAAGUCGAGAGAGGAGGAGGAAGAAGAACUUCAGAAACGCAGACAACUGCAGGAGGAGCAGUUGAUCAGGAUCCAGUCUGGUCUGGGGAAGAUGAUCCUGAAGGAAGAGAUGGAGAAGGAAAAGAUACGAGAGCGUCACGCACGGAGCCUCUCCGCCCAGCGAUACGACCCUCAGAGAGCCAGCUGCAAUGCUGAUCUUAACUCUCCAUCUAAAACCUCAUCGCUGCCUGGAUAUGGUCGAAAUGGCCUCCAUCGGCCGCAGUCCACUGACUUCACACACUAUAACAGCUACAGGGACGUAUGUGGAGCCAGAGAAUUCCAGCUCUUGCAGGAUGGCCAUACACCUAUGUCAAGAAUGGACAGGGGAGUAUCAAUGCCUAAUAUGUUGGAGCCAAAAAUAUAUCCAUAUGAAAUGCUCAUGAUAAACAGCAGAGGGCGCACUCGUCUACCAAGAGAUGUUGAUAGGACAAGGCUUGAGCGCCACCUUGCUCCUGAGUUGUUCUUUGACCUCUUUGGGAUGGAGAUCCAGGAGUUUGAUCGGUUGCCGCUGUGGAAGCGCAACGACAUGAAGAAGAAAGCCAGGCUCUUCUGAGCUCUCCUGAUGUCAGCGGCCAUGAUGUCCAUAUCAGACCUCAUACACAUACUCACAUACUCAUGAUGACCUCAUACUCAUGCUCACAUACUCAUGUAAUAUAGCCGUGCCAGUCUCAACCUUGUGUUCUUCUCUUCGAUGACAGUUAAAAGAAGCUAAAAAAAAAAAAAAAAAAAAAAAAAAAAUGUCUUAACCUUUGGCUUCCAGAAUGUAACAUAGGUGUGAACGACAUAACAAAACAAAAACAUAUUUUGACUAAUGUUUGAGAGAAUGCAAUGAAAAUGUUAUUUUUAAAGCACAUUGACUUUUUUGUCUUCUGAAUGGAAUUGCUUCCUAAUGUUUCUCUGCUUGUUGUUGUUUUAAUUUUUUCUUGCUAUGUCUGUGAAACUCUUUCAGUAGAGCCUCCUGCUUGUGGGUGACUGUCACCGUGUUUCCUGGCUAACUGAAGCUUGUGUGUGUUUACAUAGAAAGAGGUGGAUGGGGUCAUAUGCCCCCCCCCCCCCAACGGCCGGAACCUGUGAUUCUAGCGUUUGCGUAGAGGCGACUAGUCUGCAAAAUGCUGUUCUCCUAUAGAUGUCUAUCCCAUAUAUGACGGUUCUGCCUCUAAUGGCAGGGAUGUUAUUCAAAUGCCUUACAUGUGUCCAGUAGGGAAAGUAACCUCCCACUUUUCCCUCUCACUUCUGCUUUUGUUUAGGAAGUCUGAAAACAUCACAAGGGUUAUAUGCAGUGAGUUUGUACACUGGCCAACAGUAUGAGAGAAAGAAUGACUUGUACACAUCUCAUGACUGACCCCCAUGGUCACUUUUACACAUUUAUCCCAACCCAAAGAGACUUUUUAGUUUCUCCCUCAAAUGUUUAUAAACACCUAGUUUAUUUUUAGCGGGUUUUGCUCCUUAAUCACAUGGCUUCCCAUCUCCACUCAUUUUUAAUGAGUACAUGCAUACCAAAUAAAAAAAAAAAAGAAGAAACCUGAGAAAAGUAAUGUUAGAAAUAGCAGACUUGCUAAUCUGACUUUUUUAAUCAAUGAAACCCACACUGCCAUUUGUUACUUGUAAGUGAUGGAGGUGAAAUAGUAGUGUUUAGGUCACUGCAUUGCGUGAGCUCUUCAGCUACACCAAAGGCAUGGCCACCGCCGGAUCUCCCCGUAAGGUUUGACCCCCCACCUGUCUGACUCUCAGCGUUCAGCCAGGCUCAAGCCACCCAGUGGAGGGUGCAGGCGAACGAUCCCAGGGACUCCAUUGCGUAGGUAGGACCAAAUUAGCAUAAGCUGGGGCAGCGGAACUCAAACAGUGUAGUGCAAGCUAUAGGCCCAAAUCACUGCAGCCUUUGUUUGUAUGUAGCUUGAAGAAAUGACAGGGAAAUAACUCAUUCUAUCUUCUUCUUCUUUCUCCUCUUCCUCUCUUGGACUGUCUCUCUUUCUUGAACUACUGUUUUGACCUUCUCUCUUUCUAUACUACUGAAAGUUAAAUGCAACAUCAUCAAAGAAAUAUUUUAAGUCCCCUUCUGAGCAAACAUGGCACCCAGGGAGAGGACGUUUUGAUAAUGUACCUGUAUACACCCCCCUUUGUCUUUGAAAGGAAUUUAAUGAUGUAUAAAACUGACUGAAAUAAUAAAAUGCAGCAAUUCA